AUGCGCGCUGACGUCGCGGAGAGACUCUUGGCCCGAGCUUUCGGAUACUACAGCGGGGUUGUCAUCGCAUGUCCAUUACCCUUCAUUAUCACACCAGUUCUCGUCACAAUAGGACUUUCAACUGGCCUGCAAUGGUAUACACAGGCGUUGGUAAAGGAUGAGAUCGAUCUCUACACGCCAACAAAUGCUCGAGUCAGAGCUGAAAUUAAGCAACUUGACGCUCUCUUCCACAUCAACGACACGGACCCAUUCUACGCCACUAGAAGAUACGACGUGAGACGAACUGGUUACAUCAUCAUAACUCAUCGUGAUGAGGACCAGGGCAUCAUGAAUCCGCUAGUCAUGCAAUCUGCCAUGCAGCUCUGGAGCAUCGUACAGUCGCUAACUGUGGAGGACCAGGACCGACGAAUCAACUACCCAGGAAUUUGCGUAAAGUUUCCCAUUCCGGAAGAGUUAAGCGGCGCUCUACACAUGUUCUUCGGUCCUAACGUCACCACGCCUGAGCGGAUCUGUCUGUCGAAUCCGUUGGUGGAAAUUGUCAAGCUCAUGCUGCUGUCGGACUUCUCGUUCCUGAAUCAAACACGGAGCGAGUUGAUCCUAGAGGAGGUAUUCAACGCUAUUCUACCUGAUGCCGACAGGGCCACUCAUUUUUUCGGAGGUGUGACAAUCGACGAUGAGAAGCGCGUCGUAGGUGCGAAGGCGAUGAAGCUACCGUACGCAUUACGACAUUUCUCUCAAGACGACGAAUGGCUAGCACGGCAGUGGGAACUAAGGCUGUCCGAUUUUCUAUUGCACUACUAUUCACCUGUCAUUCGUGUCAACUGGUGGACGUACGAAACAAUUUCCGCUGAGACUUCAAAAGAUCUUAAUAAGUUAAUCAGUAUGAUUGGUCCGUGCUUCGCUGUCGUGACGGUGUUCACCAUCGCCACAUGCUGUGUUUGGUCGUGGAGAAGAUCGCGCCCGUGGCUUGCCCUCGCUGGAGUGUUUUCUGCCGCCUUGGCUAUUAUGUCGGGAAUCGGACUGCUUCUACUGGUCGGUUUUGGAAUGACCAGUGUCGCAUAUUCAGUGCCGUUCAUUAUACUCUCUGUUGGUGUCGACAACGUUUUCAUACUUUUGUCUGCUUGGCGUUCAACUCCUUCUCAGGCGUCACUUGAGCAGCGCAUGAAGAAGACAUUUGCGGACGCGGGAGUCUCCAUUACCGUCACUUCACUGACCGACAUCAUCUCAUUCGGUGUUGGAUGCACCACUCCAUUUCCGAGUGUGCAGAUGUUCUGCACCUACGCGCUGACGGCUAUGGUGUUUACCUACGUCUACCAGCUCACAUUCCUCGCCGGAAUUAUGGUGUACACAAACAGAAGAGAAAUGGACGGUCGACAUUGCCUCACAUUCCGCAAAAUAAAAAACAAAGCAAACCAACCUAAGGAGGCCAACAAGGACCGCAGUUUCGAGAAGAACCACGCACUAUCGCAGUUCUUUCGCAGCACCUAUGCAGAUUGUUUAGUGAAUCCUUUCGUACGCGUACUCGUCAUUGUUGCAUUCCUCUCUUAUCUGGUUAUCGCCAUCUGGGGUUGCACAAAAGUGAAACUCGGUCUCGAAUUUGACGAGCUACUACCCGAACACUCCUACGGGAAAGAAACUCUACGAUUAACCGAAAAAUAUUUCCCUGACCACGGUAGCAGCAUGCACGUGUGGAUGUACAAUCUGUCAAAAAUAGAUGUCAGUCCAGAGAGAUUAUGGGUGCUACUCAGCAAAGAAAUCGAACUGUACGAGCACACCGAGUUCACUGGCGGAGCUGAUUCAUGGCAAUCCGGCCUGUUGAUUACCGAGGAAAACUUCGUCCACCUAAUCAAAAAUGCCUUCUUAGUACGACCGCAGUUUGAAAGAUACCGACGUGACGUAGUUUUCGACGCGAGUGGUUCUAUGUUGGAUGCGUCGCGUGUUACUAUACAACUGCGAGAGAUUGGUUGCGGGAAUCGGAGCCGGGCAAUGCAGUUUUUCAGAAAACUCGCAGAUAUCAGCGAGUUCCCUACAGGAGUCUAUUCGGAUUUCUUCCAGAUUGCAGAGCAGUCUAACGCGAUCUUGCCAGGAACACUGUCUUCAAUAGCAUAUGCAAGCACGGCCGUAAUUGUGGUCUCUCUUCUUCUCAUCCCGGAACCAGUGAUUAGCUUAUGGGUAUCGUUUUCAAUCUUAUCAAUCAACAUUGGCAUUCUUGGCUUCAUGACUUUAUGGAAUGUUCGUCUGGACUUUGUCAGUAUGGUGACGAUUAUAAUGUCUAUCGGAUUUUGCGUUGACUUCGCUGGUCACCUGGCCUACAGUUUCGCCAAGGGACGAAGUCAUUCGGUGUCCGAACGUAUGCGAAAUGCUCUUUAUACCGUAGGAGCACCAAUAUUGCAAAGCGCAACUUCCACCCUGCUCGGUGUUAUUUUUCUCGCCUCUGCCGAGUCAUACAUGUUCAAAAGCUUUUUGAAAACGAUUUCGCUUGUCAUCCUAUUAGGUGAGCAAGAAGGAUAUCGUACGACGUCAUCGCACUCACCGAAACGGGACGACGCGACUCAUUCGUCGCCGUAUAUGACACCGGAGAAGAGCUGCUGCUCGGAACACGCGACAGUAGAGGAGUCGGCGGCGUCGGCUUUCGCGUCAACACGAGUUUCUCCAUGA